GGUUUGCGUAUGUUAGAUCAACCUUACAUGACUGACAUGAUUGAAGCAAACGCCAUGGGGUAUAAGCCAAACGAAAUUGACAUCUAUAGUGCUAGUUGGGGUCCCACUGAUGAUGGUAUGACUGUAGAUGGUCCACGAAAUCUAACAAUGAGAGCAAUUGUAGAAGGAGUUAAUAAGGGUCGUAAUGGAAAGGGUAGUAUCUACGUAUGGGCUUCCGGUGAUGGUGGCCCAAAUGAUGAUUGUAACUGUGAUGGUUAUGCUGCCAGUAUGUGGACCAUUUCCAUUAAUUCUGCCACUAAUGAUGGACAGACUGCUGCAUAUGAUGAAUCUUGUUCUUCCACUUUGGCGUCCACUUUCAGCAAUGGCAAAGGAAUGACACUUGACGCUGGCGUUACCACUACAGACCUGUAUGACAAAUGCACUACAACUCACUCAGGGACCUCUGCUGCAGCUCCAGAAGCUGCCGGGGUAUUUGCUCUUGCCCUCGAGGCUAACUAUGAUCUGACAUGGCGUGACAUGCAACAUUUGUCAGUUUUGACUUCAAAACGCCGACAACUCUACGAUGCUUCUUCUCAUCACCACUGGACCGCAAAUGGAGCUGGACUUCAGUUCAACCAUUUAUUUGGAUAUGGUGUUCUUGAUGCAAGCGACAUUGUUGACAUGGCUCAGUCUUGGAAACCGCUGCCAGAAAGAUUGCACUGUGAUGCUGGCAAUGUGACAGGCAAGUGGGAGUUCCGUACCGGAGAACAUCUUCAGUUGACCAUUGAUACUGAUGCCUGCAAGGGAACUGGCAGUGAGAUCAACUUUCUGGAGCAUGUUCAAGCUGUUAUUACCCUGAAGGCUUCAUACCGUGGACAUGUUGAGAUGUUUCUGACUUCCCCGAUGAACACAACAUCAAUGAUUCUCAGUCGCCGUCCGAGAGAUGCAGAUAACAAGAAUGGGUUCAAACGUUGGCCUUUCAUGACCACCCAUACGUGGGCAGAGAAUCCUCGUGGACGUUGGACCCUAACUGUGCGUCUCAAUUCUGGCUGGUCAAGCAGAGUAGAUAUGGGAGUAUUUAGUGAGUGGACUCUGAUGCUUCACGGGACUAAAAUAUCGUCGUAUACCCAUCAACUGAACAACAGUAAGAACCAUAAGUUGGAUACUGUCAAACGUAUGCACAUGACAGGUUUUCAAAAGUAAUCACGUUCCAUUGCACUGGAAAAUAUUAGACAUAAGAAAAGUAAUAAAAAAAAGUGCAUAUACGAAAAAGAAAAAUAAAUAAAAUAAAACAGCAUAGAUGAAUUAAAAAAAAAGAAAAAAAAGUAAAUCCUAAAAUAUA